CAUGGUUUCAUAACCACGCGCUGCACCAGUCCACACGGAAUCUUGAACAUGCAUCUAAUCAAGCCGUUGUGGUUGACACACCCAGGUGAUCUCAAAGACUUUGAAGUAUACAGCUGCCACGUCUCUCCCGAUGGAUCGCGACUAGUGACAGCUGCUGGCGACGGUCAUGUACGAAUAUGGUCCACUGAGGCCAUCCUCAACUCCCACGAUCCGACCUACGUCAAACCAAAGCAGCUGGCUGCCAUAAGCAAUCACUCGGGCACUAUUCAUACCGUACGCUUCUCUCCUAAUGGCAAAUUUCUUGCUUCGGGCGCCGAUGAUAAAUUUGUCUGCGUAUACGGCCUCGACCCCAAUGCGCCCGCGCACGUCGCUUUCGGUUCGAACGAAGUUCCCCCUGUAGAGAAUUGGAGAGUCACACGGCGUCUCGUGGGUCACGACAACGAUGUACAGGAUCUUGGGUGGUCAUACGACUCGUCGAUACUGGUAUCUGUAGGGCUGGAUUCGAAAGUGGUGGUUUGGUCGGGCCACACAUUUGAGAAGCUGAAAACCCUAUCGAAUCACCAGAGUCAUGUCAAGGGCAUCACUUUUGAUCCAGCAAACAAGUACUUCGCUACUGCGGGAGAUGAUCGGACAAUCAAGGUGUUCCGCUUCACAUCUCCAUCGCCUCAGGCCAAUUCGGCAGAUCAGGUCAACAACUUUAUGCUCGAGACCACAAUUACCGCACCCUUUGCAGCAUCCCCCCUCACUACGUAUUUCCGUCGGUGCUCUUGGUCACCGGAUGGGGCUCACAUAGCUGCUGCUAAUGCAACUAACGGACCUGUUAGCUCAGUCGCCAUCCUUCCCAGAGGAUCAUGGAACGGUAAUAUCAGUCUGGUUGGCCACGAAGGCCCUGUAGAGGUCUGCGCUUUUUCUCCGAGGCUCUUUUACCGCCACAACCCCGCAGAAUUCGAACAUGGUACACAGCAUAGCGUGACUGUAGUUGCAUGCGCGGGACAGGACAAAUGUUUGAGUAUCUGGAAUACCAGUUAUGCGCGUCCAUUCAUCAUCACCCAGGAACUGGCCAAUAAGUCCAUAUCGGAUUUGGCGUGGGCACCAAACGGAGAAACAUUGUUUGUGACCAGUCUUGAUGGAAGCAUUACCACUCUAGUUUUUGAGCCUGGGGAGUUGGGAUACCCCGCCUCAAUGCAAGAGAAUGAGACAUCUUUGUCCAAAUUCGGCCUUGGUAGACGGGCUGGAAUCAUCGAGGGAACGGACGCGCUGUUACUUGAGGAAAGUGCCAAGAACGGCGAAUUGAAAGAAGUACAAGGGAGAAUGGGCGCGCUCAUGGGCGACGGGGGAGUGUCACAACCAUCCAACACAAACAAUACUAAUGGCGCAGCACCUACUAAUUCGCUAACAAACGGUUCUACCCCAGCUCCACCACCACCACAACCACCACCACCGACUGAGCCUGUCCCGGAUCAAAGAGUAGAAAAGUUGAAGCAAAGGGUCACAGUGACAAAAGAUGGAAAGAAGCGAAUUGCACCCAUGCUCGUGUCAUCGUCUUCUGCGGUGGGCCAGUCAUCAUUGCCCCAAACUCAACUUAUAUCAGCGACCACAACCGGAGGAAGAAGUGAUAAUCCGCACAACAUUCUGGAUCUCUCGAAACCUUAUGAUGGCUUUCCCAAAGGUGGAUUAACAUCAUUAUUCUUGGGUAACAAGAGGAGGUUUGCAGAAAUUGAUGGCGACGAAGAUCGCCAAGUUGAGAAGCGACUUGCAGCUUCAGUCAAACCUGGUGGCGCAGCUAUUGUCCUGAACAGCGAUUCAGGCCUCAUACCUCCUGCUGCAGCACCACCCAAAUCCGAUGAAGCUGAGGUGCCCAAAGUGCUACGUCCUGCUAUUGUCAGCCCUGCGCUCAGCGUCAGCCAGGUGCGGUUAGCGGUACCGAAAGUACGAAGUAUAAUCCUUCGCACGAUGGAUGGCAGUGAACCACCACAAGCAAACGGUGUUGCUAGCAUCAAAGCUGACACGGAAACAAUCAUCCUAGAAGCGCGCAAUGCCACAGGACCCUCGCGUACAGGACGACCACAGGAUCAUGAUCCAUGCCGGGUCAGUUGUACAAAAAAGAGCCAGUCGUUGUGGCAGGACUUUGUACCAAGGGCAGUUCUUCUGACUACUGGUAACCCGAAUUUCUUUGCGGCUGCAUGCGAGGAUGGCUCAGUAUAUGCAUGGACACCCGCUGGUCGGCGCACAAUCAAUGCUAUGAUUCUGGAUGCUCAACCCGUUAUCAUGGACUGUCGUGGAUGGUGGUUGUUAGUCAUAUCAGCAGUAGGCAUAUGCCAUGUCUGGAAUCUAGAGACAAUGUCAGCACCACACCCUCCAAUCUCCUUGGCACCAAUCCUCGACAUUGCAGCAUACUCGCAAGGACCGCAUCUUCUCAAGUCUCCCGGUAUUGUGUUCGCUCGUCUCAAUUCUGAAGGCCGAAUAGUCAUUGCUAUGUCUGAUGGUCAAGGCUACGUGUACUCCCCUAUGAUGUACAUCUGGCAACGCGUUUCAGAACCUUGGUGGGCCGUGGGUAGCCAGUACUGGAACACUACUGACUCUUCAGUCGGCAACGUCACGUCUAAAAAGAAGGACGUAGCUGGCGCAGAAAAGGACGACUAUGUUACUCUUGAAAAUGUUUCUGCGGGCAUCAUCCCGAGCCUUGAACGCAACACCACGAAUCAAUUCCUUCUUCAAGGCCGCGCUUUCUAUCUUUCACGUCUUAUCAAGGCUCUCAUAUCUGCAGAGGGUUACGAGACUUUCGAAGCGUCAAUUUCCGUGGCACAUCUGGAGAACAGAGUCGCCGCGGCACGGGCACUAGGUGCUAGAGAAGAAUUUAAGAUUUACCUUUCUAUGUAUGUCAAACGCAUAGGAGCGGAGGGCAUGAAGGGCAAAAUUGAGGAGUUACUUCGAGACUUCUCAGGACGAUUGGUGGAGGAAGAUGGUGAUGACGCUGCGGGUGAAGCGGAUACUAUUUGCGGAUGGAAGAAAGAAGAUCUGUUGAAGGAGAUUAUUGUCAUUCUCGGCAAAUUCCGCGAUCUCCAACGAAUAACAGUGCCGUAUGCGCGUCUUCUCGGCAUCAUCCACGAAGAGCAUCGUGGCGAUCAAGCCAUGGUCACGGACAUGUAG